AUGCGCAAUCUGCGAAACCGCAUAGCCCCAGAACACAGAAUCCCACGCUACCACGCCUUCUCCACUCCCGAAGAGCAAGCGGCAUACAUCGAUGACACAGCCCCCUCUCCCGCCAGCCUCCCUUACGCCGUGAACAGCUCGCCCACGUUGACUGAAAUAUCUUUAGCCCGGGAAAUAAUCAUCAGACCCCUCGAAGAAGACGGAGAUAUUUACGAGCAAGAAACGUCAAGCAACCAGCCUAAAACCGCAGAAGAACACAUUCUUGAGCGCAUUGGCAGAUUAAUUGCCAUGUUCACACUUUACAACCUAGCCAGGACUUGCGAGGAGAUUGAAGAGGAAGAUUGGGAAGAGUACAUCACACCCUACGAAGAAGGCGAUCUGGAGAUGCUGGAACGUGUCUGUCCAAAGCAAUGGUGGGACGAAGAGAUCAGAGAGGCAUGGCCAAAUCUCAUCGUAUUUGCGCGGCGGGCAAGGAAAAGCCCUAGUUAA